GGUCCGUCGCCAUAGUUACCACAGACAGCGGGAGAGGGCGAGACGGUUCACGUGACCUAGCAAGAUGGCGACCACAUUGUUGAAUUGAUGCUAGUGUGAUCUUGAGGGCCGGAAUUUGGAUGUGAUUUUUCUAUUGUUCGCCAUCAUCGUCAUCUAAUUACAGAAUCAGGAUGGCCCUAAAUGUGUUUGAUCAUGAUGAGUACAGGCCUCCGGUAUGGAAAUCCUACUUGUAUCAGCUCCAGCAGGAGGCGCCACACCCCCGUCGGUUGACCUGCACUUGUGAGGUGGACAAUCGACCCAAAUACUACGGGAGAGAGUACCACGGGAUGAUUUCCAGGGAGGAAGCCGACCAGCUUCUCAGUCAGGCCGAAGGCAGCUACCUCAUUCGAGAGAGUCAGAGGCAGCCGGGCACGUAUACGCUGGCGCUGAGGUUCGGGAGCCAGACCAGAAACUUCCGUCUUUACCAUGAUGGGAAGCACUUUGUCGGAGAGAAAAGGUUCGAGUCCAUCCAUGACCUGGUCACCGACGGCCUCAUCACACUCUACAUUGAGACCAAGGCAGCAGAGUACAUCGCCAAGAUGACCAUCAACCCCAUCUAUGAGCACGUGGGCUACACGACGCUGAACCAGGAACCCACACUGAAGAAACACUUGCCGCACGGCGCGGACGCCGCCGAUGGCCCGGCGCCCGUCAAGGACGACCACGGCGGCGAGGAGAGGCUCACGUCGCUGGUGCGGCGAGCCACGCUGCGGGAAAGCGAUAUGGUCCCCAAAUAUGAGAAGGUUCACAACUUUAAGGUUCAUACGUUUCGUGGCCCUCACUGGUGCGAGUACUGUGCCAACUUCAUGUGGGGGCUCAUCGCUCAAGGAGUCAAGUGCGCAGACUGCGGGUUGAACGUCCACAAGCAGUGCUCAAAGGUUGUGCCCAAUGACUGCCAGCCGGACCUACGUCAUGUCAAGAAGGUGUACAGCUGUGACCUGACCACCCUGGUCAAAGCGCACAACACCAAAAGGCCCAUGGUGGUCGACAUGUGCAUCCAGGAAAUUGAAGCCAGAGGUCUCCAGUCGGAAGGUUUGUAUCGAAUAUCCGGCUUCAGUGAGCUGGUUGAAGAUGUCAAGCUGGCCUUUGAUAGAGACGGCGAGAAGGCGGACAUCUCGUCGGGCGUAUAUGAGGACAUCAACAUCAUCACGGGCGCGCUCAAGCUCUACUUCAGAGAGCUGCCCAUUCCCCUCAUCACAUACGAUGCCUACCCGCGCUUCAUCGAGUCCGCAAAGGUCACUGACGCAGAAAAGCGACUGGAAUCCCUCCAUGACGCCCUGAAGCUCCUGCCGCCGGCUCACUGCGAGUCGUUGCGGUACCUCAUGGCGCACCUCAAGAGGUAA